AUGGUAGUAGAAGGCUGGGGUAAGAUUGUCUCCGCUUCGUACGACCAAAAUAUUCGAGUAUGGGAUCCUACAACUGGGAAGGUUGUGAUCAGUAUGCCUCAUGCCGAGGCUCAGGUUAAUGCUAUGACUUUUCAACCAAAUACGAAUAAUUUGGCGGUGGCCUCUUGGCAGAAAGUUAGGCUUUUUGAUAUUAGUAGUCCGCAAUCGCCUUUGGUAGGGUCAUUUGAAGGCGUCCAUCGCAAUAUAACGUGUGUAGGAUUUGAACCAUCAGGUCAUUGGAUGUUUAGUGGCGGGGAAGACGGAGUUUGUAGGGUUUAUAACACUAGAUCCAUCCACUUCAGUGUUCAUCAUUCAUUCCAGGUUUCAAGUCCAAUAACUUCAAUAAUUUUAAUAAAUGGAGCUGAAUUCUUCAUUGCUGAUCAAGGUGGUAAUGUUUCAUUAUGGGACUUAAGCAAACCCAGUGAUGGUACCGAGGUAUUUCGUCUGCCGAUGCCAAAAUUGACCACGAUGGAAUUCGUUGUGAAACUUGCUGUUCAUCCCGCUGGUCAUACUCUCACGGGAAUUACAAACAGAGGAUUUUUGAUUACAUGGUCUUUGACUCCAGCGGAUCCUGAAGAAAUCGUCAAUCCAUGUAUUGAACCUAGUACCAUUUGUAACUUGACGGAUUUCCGGCAGGUAGUAAACGCUCAUGGAUUAAGCUUGAGAUACACACCCGAGGGAGAAUAUUUAGUCAUUACUUUCUCCAACAAUCACAUUUAUCUUUUCAAGUCACAGGAUUAUAACCUUACUAGAUAUUUGGAUGCGCAGAGCGAUUGGAAUUGGGACGUUCUGUUUACGAAGGACACUAGAAAAAUGUUCACAGGAGGACAUGAUCAUAAAGUAAAAGUUUGGGACUUUGAAAAAGGCACCAUCAUCAGCAAAUUUGAUGGGCACGUGAAACCAAUCACUGCCCUUUGUUUAACCGAAAAUUAA